AUGACAGCAUGCAAACCAUAUAAAUGCAAUGAUUGCAAAAAGAGUUUUAGCCAGAAAUGUAACCUUGAUGCUCACGUCAGGACCCACACCGGCGAGAAACCAUAUAAAUGCUAUGAUUGCGAGAAGAGGUUUAGACUGAAACAGCAACUUGAUGUCCACGUCAGGGCCCACACAGGCGAGAAACCAUACAAGUGUGACUCGUGUAACAAACGGUUUAAACAGAUAAGUCACCUUAAAAAACACGUCAGCACGAUCCAUACUGGCGAGAAAACGAACGUGUGCAUGUUGGUGGUAGCUGUGGUGGUGGCCUCUCCUAUCGGCUCCCCCGUACGUUCUGACGCGGUGCUCCUGUUGCAGUGCAAUGAUUGCGAGAAGACUUUUAGGAUGAAACAUUCCCUUGAUGCUCACGUCAGGACCCACACCGGCGAGAAACCAUAUAAAUGCAAUGAGUGCGAGAAGAGUUUUAGCAAGAAAUCUAACCUUGAUAUUCACGUCCGGACCCAUACUGGCGAGAAACCAUACAGAUGCAAUGAUUGCAAGAAGAGUUUUAGCCUUAAACAACACCUUGAGUACCACGUCAGGACCCACACCGGCGAGAAACCAUAUAAAUGCAAUGAUUGCGAGAAGAGUUUUAGCAUGAAACAUUCCCUUGAUGCUCACGUCAGGACCCAUACCGGCGAGAAACCAUAUAGGUGCGACUCGUGUAACAAAGGGUUUAGACAGAAAAGUAACCUUAAUUUACACCUAAGGACCCACGCUGGCGAGAACUGAUAUACUUGUGGCAUUCGUAAAAAAGUUUAACCGUGAUCACCAUGUCUAGAUUUACCGUAUUAACGAGCCAUGUCUGGCAUUUGUACGGAGCGUUUCCAACCCAGUUUUCUUACCUUCGUCUUCUCGAGGUACCACACCGCCCACUGUUGACUCAUAAGUGUUUCUUUGGUAGUGGUUUCUGUGAAAUUCAACAGUUUAACUCUCGUUAAAUGGUCACAAAAGGCUCAUUCGUUUUAUCCUGUAUGUAAUAUUUUUGCUAGUUCGUGCGAAAUAUUAGUUGUCAUCGGAUAAAAUCGAUAAAAUUGUAAUUUCUUCAGAAAAAAAUAAAACUUUUAAUGUGUCACCUUCUUAC